CUUGUCCGGAUCGCAUGGCCGCCAACGCGUCGAGUGGCCUCGAGUCGAUCAUGGCCGGUGCCUUUGCGGGCUGCGUCACGCGCUCGGCAACGUCGCCCUUGGAUGUGCUCAAGAUCAUCUUUCAAGUCCAAGGCGCGUCGCUUCGCCACGUCAUUGAGCGCCUCUAUACGACCGAGGGCGUCCGUGGCUUCUGGAAGGGCAACCUCGCCGGCUGUUGCCGCCUCGGGCCGUACUCGGGCGUCAAGUUUUACAUCUUUGACUCGCUCCAGUCGUCGUUCAGCGAGACGGGCCAUCGCCCGAGCAAUCUGCACCGCGCGACCUUUGGCGCGAUCGCCGGCAUGAUUGCGACCGUGAGUGUGUACCCGAUGGAGGUCGUCCGCACGCGCAUCAUCGUCCAACGCGCGAACGACGGUCCGCACCGCAUUGCUAGUGUGCUCAAGCAAAUCCACGCUGUCGAGGGGCUUCGCGGUCUGUACCGCGGCGGCUUGUCGGGGCUCGUGGGUUCGAUUCCGUUCGAGGGCGUCCAGUUUGCGUGCUACGAGUACUGCAAGAGCUACUUGCACGCGUCGCGCGACACGCUGCACACGACCGACUACCUCGGCAUCGGGAGUCUCUCGGGCGCGGUGGCGCAAACCAUCUCGUACCCGUUCGACAGCGUCAAGAAGCGGCUCCAGGCCCAGGAGCUCGGCCAGAAGCGCUACAACGGGAUGCUCGACUGCUUCCGCAAGGUGGUCGCGGAGGAAGGGGCGAUGGCGCUCUUCCGAGGCACGUUGCCCAACAUGGUGCGCAUCGUGCCGUACUCGGCCGUCAUGUUUACGACGUACGAAGCCGCCAAGAAAUUUCUGAUCGACAGCGCGUGAUGGUUUGUAGUUUUGCUUUUGUGUUAUGUACCAUUUUCUGUACCAGUACCAACUAAAUUAUAUCUCUGGUCAUCGGCGA